AUGAUGCUCAACUCGGACCAGACAGAGCUCGACCUGGCCCCGACGCACUCCGAGUCCGAGUCCGUCUUCAGCGACUGCGGUGGGGCCCACCCGGGCAGCACCGAGGACGCCGGCGCCGUCGCUUUGUGCGCUGCAUCCCGCAUGGAGCCGGGGGAAGCGGUGAAGAAGGAGCUGCAGCACCUGAGCCGGGAGGAGCGCCGGCGGCGGCGCCGCGCCACGGCCAAGUACCGCACGGCGCACGCCACGCGGGAGCGCAUCCGUGUCGAAGCCUUCAACAUGGCCUUUGCGGAGCUGCGGAAGCUGCUGCCCACGCUGCCGCCGGACAAGAAGCUCUCCAAGAUCGAGAUCCUGCGCCUGGCCAUCUGCUACAUCUCCUACCUGAACCAUGUGCUGGAUGUCUGA